UACCUUUCUUAGCUUCUGUGAACACACAUUUAUUUUAAACGUUAAUUUGUUCUUGUUUUUUAACAUCUAAUAAAUACAAAUGGUUACGUAUGAUAAAAAGGAUUGUUACUUGGUUUUAUUUUAUUAUAAAAUUUAAGUAACAUUAGCUACCAUGGCGGCAAAUGCUGCACCUAUAACAGCAACUGAUAGUUUAUCACAAGCUUUGAAAGCAAAUAUUAUACCUAAUCAAGAGUAUUUAUUACAAGGCUCAGUUUUAGAUUCAGCUGUAGAAGUCCUUCUCCAUAGACUCCGUGGCUUAUGUGAUAAUGUAGAUGCUGGUCCAGAAACGUUUGAUGACCAAGAAGUUUGCUUUAGUUUGAGAGAUCCUAAUCAACAGUCUACACCGUUGACGUUACGAGUAAGGAAGGCACUAGACGCCAGAGACAUGCCCUACCAAUUGAGAUAUAUUGGUCAACCAGACUUAGGAGAUAAGAAUAGACCAACUGUGGUGAGAUCGAGCCUUGACAUUGCCUGCAGUGGGAUGUUGCUUGAGUUUCUUAAUGAAUUGGGAUGUCGAAUUGAAUUUGAGUACAGUGUCAAAGGGUAUAUGUUUAGGAAAGGAAGAAUGAAGAUAACAGUUGCAAAAGUGUUUAAAAUAUCACAGAGUUCAAUGCCCCCUGAGCCAAUUUCACAGAGUUAUCUUGUUGAAUUAUCUGUAUUAGCUCCUCAAGGUCAAGAUGCUAUUGGUGAAGAUAUGCGUGCAUUUGCAGACCAACUCCGGCCCCUAGUACAGUUAAAUAAAAUUGAUUAUAAACAACUUGGACAUAUGUCCGUCACCUAGCCAAUGUUUCUUACUUAGAUGGGCUUUAUAUUUCUCAUUAUCAAACUAAGUGGUAAACAUAAAGCCUCUCUUAGUACUCAUAAUACAGAUACAAACAAUACGUAGUAAUAGACAGAUACUGCCCAAUAGUAAAAUCAUUAAAUAAAAUGUCA